UACGCGCUGAGCUCCAGGUGGGGGCCGGGAUGCUGCUACUCCCCCUCCCUCGGCUCGAAGCAGCGGUCAUUAGGAGCAUUCCUGAGGACUGUUUCUAUGUGAAAUGUAAUGGAAGACUGGUUAACACUGAAGACUUGCUACAAGAUGGAGUUGUUUAUAGUCUGGAGCCAAGACUUUGUGGUGGAAAAGGAGGUUUUGGAUCUAUGCUCCGAGCUCUUGGUGCUCAAAUUGAAAAGACAACAAAUCGAGAGGCAUGCCGAGAUCUUAGCGGAAGGAGACUACGAGAUGUUAACCACGAAAAAGCAAUGGCUGAAUGGGUGAAGCAGCAAGCAGAGCGAGAAGCAGAAAAAGAACAAAGACGUCUGGAAAGGCUGCAGCGUAAACUUGCAGAACCAAAGCACUUUUUCACUAAUCCAGACUACCAGCGACAGUGUCAUGAGAUGGCUGAACGGCUAGAGGAUUCAGUCCUUAAAGGAAUGCAGGCCUCUUCCAGUAAGGUGGUGUCACCAGAAACCAGUGAUUGUCGAAAGCGCCCAAAUGAGUCUGAAAUGAGUGGAGCUAAUUUUGGGAAAAGAAAAUGUUUUUGGAUGGGAGUGGAAGGACUGGAGGAUCCUGAGAGCUCAGAUGAUGGGGAUAGUGAAGAUCCUCCUACCACAGCAGAUGCUAGUUGGGAAUCAACUGGUAGCCAUGUUGAAAAGACUGAACUCGCAAGUGAGUGGACCAGUAGCUCAGAAGAUUCCACUGGAUGCACUUCAACCUCUAGUGCUCCUGAGAAAUCACAGGAACAACCAGAAGACCUACCAGAGAAGGUGCCUGCAGGAGGGCAGACUGAGACUCCAGCAGCUGAUGAACAAAAUGAAGCAGCUGAAACUCUGAAGGAUGCGGAGCAAGAGAAUGUUCCAGCAACUCCGCAGGAAACAAGUCAGUUGCAGAGCAAGGAGUCUACACAGAUAGAUCUGCUGGCAUUCAACUCUGCUGCUGAGAUGGAAGAGCUAGGAUUAGAGACGCUCAAGUUCGAACUGAUGGUUCUGGGUCUGAAAUGUGGAGGGACUUUACAGGAAAGAGCUAUGAGGCUUUUCUCAGUGAGAGGUCUGUCUAAAGACCAGAUAGAUCCAGCACUAUUUGCAAAACCUUCUAAAGGGAAAAAGAAAUAAAAGUAUGCUGCUGUUAACCUCUUUUUAUAUCUGCACACUUCAGAAAAACAGAUUCUGUCAUUCUAUUAUGCCCCUCACACGUGAUGUCUGUAUAUACCAAUACCCAUUUUUAAUGGUCGUAAUAAAAGCAUCAGUUAACAUAACACAUGGCAUAAGUUGUGAAGUAGAAAGUGAUAAGUAUUAAAGGCAGCUAAAAAUAUAAACUGCUGUAUAGUGUCCCAGGAGGAUCAGAGAAACUGAUGUUCAGAAGUGAGGGUACUUUCCAGAAAUGUACCCUUAGUACCCAAUUAAAUUAAACAUCAAACUAAUUGUGUUAAUAUAGGAUUACCAGUCUGCUUUAAUCUGUACUCCACUUAUCACAGAUAUACCCUUCAAAUAGUGAGAAUGUAGUUAAAACAUGAUUCAGCCUUUACAGUUGAAGUCUGACUUGGGGGGAAAUGGAAAACUGUUGCAUGGGUGACUUAAUUGUGGAUAAAUACGCUGUUUGUGAAUUGGGGUGUGGUGCUGUCAGAUGUUAAUGUAACAGGCUAAUACAAUGAAAACUUUGCUGUUUAGUAUGUGAUAUGACUUAUCAGUGUAAAUAUGUUUUUAUAUAAAAAGCAGUUUAAUAAAGGAAUCUUUACAUA